AUGGUCCUCACCGACAGCUCCGGAAGCUUACCCGGUGACUUGGCUACCAGAACCAAACAGCAAAUUACCAGUCGCAUGAUGAAGACAACACAACGAGGACGUCCCUUUGCCAAGGAUACUCACGAUCUCUUCGCUACACUCAUCGUCUCUCUCGAGCUUGGAACACAUCGUCAAUACUUUAAGACAUAUCACAACUCUUUCACCACGGAUGAGGCAGCAGAGAACCUUUCCCACCUCAAGUUCUCUCAGUCCAAUCGCGUACCUGACCCAAAUGAGCCCAGUCGUGUCGUCACCACAACAACCACUACCACCUUCAGCAUGAACCGCGAUAUGGCCAAGGGCAUCUGUCAACAUUUUUUGGACGCCCGUCUCAUCGAGAACGCCGGCGAUGCCACCAAUCCUAUCUUCAAGGACAAAGGUGUCUACAUGCUCACUCCCAAGGGCCUUCACAUCCUCGAACGAUUCAUCACCAAAAACGGCAUCAACGGCGAUCAUCUUCUCAAAAUCUUUUCCUCUCAGCCAAUCUGCAUGAAGCUGCUUCACCUCGAGAGGCGCGCCUCUGACGACGAGCUGCUCAUCAACACCCCUGUUCUCCAAGUCAUCUUCCGCCGUUUUGUCGGCCGUGCGCCGAACUACGAAUCAGCGACAGGCGACCACGCAGAGGCAGGUAUCGACCGAACCCUCGGUAUCGAGAUGGCUGACCUCCAGGAAAAGGUCAAGGGUCGUGGUUACCGAACUAUCAAGCACACCUUCAACUCCAUGGGUGCGCUCGACUGGCUAUGCGAUUUUACCACCGUCUGCGGCAAGGACGAGGCUGCUGAAAUCAUGACUCACUUUCAACGUCUUGAUCUGAUCUCACUUGCCAUCGACAAGUCCAAACGCGAGAUCGAGCCCUACGACGAUCGCGAUGUCAUUAUCCGCGUUGAGGAUGGUCGUGGAGGUUCCACUGACGGUCACUUCCGAUGUCACGCCAAGACUCUGUACUGUGUCACCGACAAAGGUCGUCAAGUGGCUCGAUGGGAGGGUUCAGACACCCCUUCAUCCGGCAUCGCCAGCCCGGCAAGGGACGACAGCUAUCUUCUUGGCGCCGACGACUCCGCGUCUGCGCACCAGAUCAAGAACGUACAAUAUCAGGCCUCUCGCGAGUCCGGCAGUCCGGGAUCCCCAGAGUCUCGCCUCACCCGCAAACCGUCAUCCAGCGCCAAGAUGCGCAGCGACUUUGCUUCUUCUCCCGUUCCAGGCGGUGCUGCGGGCAUUGGUCAAGGAUUGCAUGACUCUUCCUCUUACAGCAAUCGUGACAGCAACACGAACCGACUCAAAAACAUCCUCGAAGAACCAGCGCUGCGGUCGCUCUUCCGCGAAUUUCUCCGUCAGAACUUCUGCGAAGAGAAUCUAAGUUUUUGGCUCGACGUGCAGGACUUCAAGCGUCGUUUCUCCAUCACUUCUAGUGCCGUUGCCGUGCAGACACCAAUCAAGGAGCACAAGAGUGGAAUGGGUCGUCGACUCGGUCGCAGCGUCACAGGUGCAUUAGGCGGCGCAAACAAGGACAAGGCCGACGAAGAUGGUCAGGGCAUGAGUGCCAUGGAGAAACAUCAACAGGAUCUGAUCAGCAUGUCAUUUGUCAUCUACGACACCUACCUUGCGCCUUCGUCACCUUGUGAGCUCAACAUCGACCAUAACUUGCGCACAGAGUUGAUUCUCUAUAUGAACAAGAUUCUGGCGGAAGCCAGGAUCCCUUCGGCUUCUUCGCACACUGCAUCUCCUUCCGCAUCCACCACUCAACUCAGCGCAACGUUGACAGGUAGCGACAUGGCACACGGCCACGCAGGCGAGGCGACCUCCAUCGAAGAAAGGAAAGCCGCCGUUGUUGCCAAACGCAUCCGAAUCCCACUGCAUGCCAGCCAGCUGCAAGUGAUGGUCAGACUGUAUGAGCGCAUCCAAGAUCACGUCUUUAGGUUGAUGGCUACCGACUCGGUGCCACGCUUCAUCAAAGACUCCCGCUUCAUUCAGCUCGUCAGAUCCGUAGAAGAGUACACCGAGGCGCUCGAAGCCGGUCGAAUCGAUCCCGACCAAAACUCAGGUCCAGCCGUGCGCAGAGCUGUGUUCGAAGCCAUGCAGCUCAAGUCGGCCGAUAUGCUUGCGCAGAACAGCAGCGACGGCCGCAAGUCGGUCGACUCGGGCUCCCACCGCGCAAGUCCUCACCAAGCAUCGAAAGCGGCGUCUGCUGUUCCUCCAGUGCCGUCACACACUUCUAACGACGACGCUGCUGUCAGUGGAGUGGUGGCUCCUUCGAACAGCUCUUGA